CCCACCUUUCCGGCUAGGUGAGGGCGCGAGCGAGCGAGAGUGGUGAGGGGGGACGGAAAAGCAGAAUUACCUGUAGCUCUUGUUCUGCCAUCUCGGGCGCUCUCACACACCUUCACCUGCACAGACUUGAAAGUCCAGUUUCACCAGAGGCUCCAGGAAAAGGGGAGCGAGUUCAUUGGAUCAAGCAUGUCACAAGAGUCGGACAAUAAUAAAAGACUCGUGGCCUUAGUGCCCAUGCCCAGUGACCCUCCGUUCAAUACCCGAAGAGCCUACACCAGUGAAGAUGAGGCCUGGAAGUCGUACCUGGAAAAUCCCCUGACAGCUGCCACUAAGGCCAUGAUGAGCAUCAAUGGUGACGAGGACAGUGCUGCUGCCCUGGGCCUGCUCUAUGACUACUACAAGGUCCCUCGAGACAAGAGGCUGCUGUCUGUAAGCAAAGGAGGUGACAGCCAAGAAGACCAGGAUAAGAGGUAUGAUACAUGUAAAAGAAAAUUCCGGAGUACUUCUGUUGGAGCUGAGGAAUACAUGUUUGACCAGGCAGCAAGCGGCACAUUUCAGUACACUCUGGAAGCCACCAAAUCUCUUCGUCAGAAGCAAGGGGAGGGCCCCAUGACCUACCUCAACAAAGGACAGUUCUACGCCAUCACGCUCAGCGAGACUGGAGAUAACAAAUGUUUCCGACACCCCAUCACCAAAGUCAGGAGCGUGGUGAUGGUGGUCUUCAGCGAAGACAAAAACCGAGACGAGCAGCUGAAAUACUGGAAAUACUGGCAUUCCCGGCAGCACACGGCGAAGCAGCGGGUCCUCGACAUUGCGGAUUACAAGGAGAGCUUUAACACGAUUGGGAACAUUGAAGAGAUUGCAUACAACGCUGUUUCCUUUACCUGGGACGUGAACGAAGAGGCAAAGAUUUUCAUCACCGUGAAUUGCUUGAGUACAGAUUUCUCCUCCCAAAAAGGAGUGAAAGGGCUUCCUCUGAUGAUUCAGAUCGAUACAUACAGUUAUAAUAAUCGCAGCAACAAACCCAUUCAUAGAGCGUAUUGCCAGAUCAAGGUCUUCUGCGACAAAGGAGCAGAAAGAAAAAUCCGAGAUGAGGAGAGAAAGCAGAACAGGAAGAAAGGCAAAGGCCAGUCAUCCCAAGCCCAGUGCAACAACUCCUCUGACGGGAAGUUGGCCGCCAUGCCUUUACAGAAGAAGAGUGAUAUCACCUACUUCAAGACCAUGCCCGACCUGCACUCCCAGCCCGUCCUCUUCAUCCCCGACGUCCACUUUGCAAACCUACAGAGGACUGGACAGGUUUAUUACAACGCUGAUGAUGAACGAGAAGGCAGCAGUGUUCUUGUUAAACGGAUGUUCAGGCCUAUGGAAGAGGAGUUCGGUCCAGCACCUUCCAAGCAGAUUAAAGAAGAAAGCAUAAAGCGAGUGCUUUUGUACGUGCGGAAGGAGAGUGACGACGUGUUUGAUGCCCUGAUGCUGAAGUCGCCCACGGUGAAGGGCCUAAUGGAAGCGAUCUCUGAGAAGUACGGGCUGCCGGUGGAGAAGAUAACAAAGCUAUACAAGAAAAGCAAGAAAGGCAUCUUGGUGAACAUGGACGACAACAUCAUCGAGCACUACUCCAACGAAGACACCUUCAUCCUCAACAUGGAGAGCAUGGUGGAAGGCUUCAAGAUCACACUCACAGAGAUCUGAGCCCUGGCCGGACAUGUCCUUGGCAGGAGCCCUCUCUGUGCACUCCAUCCUGGGAGAGAUGGGAUUCCCCCCCCCCACCCUGCUACCCCAGAACCUGGAGACCCAUCUCACCCAUCUCCUAACUGCUGUUACAAGACUACUGGGAAGCGGGCAGGGCCCAAGGCCCCUUGAUUGUCAGUGUGCUUUGACCCCUCUCCUGGCUCCCCGCGGAGCUGAAUGGAGCCUGAGCCCUUCAGCAAGUUGCCCUGGCCGUGGCUGGCCCUUAUUUAUUGCCACCAGGACUCUACGCUAGGUCCCAGAGUCUCCCUUUCAAGGGAAAUACAGCCAGUCAGUCCAUUCAUCUAGAUGAGCCUGGAAAACUGGCAUUUCAUCUUCCCCACCCCUCGGGCAUCUCCUGAGCGGGUGGACAGAAUGGGUGCCGCUUGGUGUGGUGGUCACAGGUGAGGGCAGAGAGGAAAUGCCUUGAGUGACCCAGAACUUUCGCGCUGCUUUGAAGCAGGUCAUGGUGUUGGAUAACUAGAAGAUCGUAACAAGCAGCCGGGGAGCUUUUUAUACGGAAAGACCUUCAGCUGCCAUGUAAGCAAUGAGAAACACAGCAAGGGCGCCUGACGCUCAUGUACAUAGUGUUUAUAAUAUUGUAAUAAUAUAUUUCACCUGUGGUUCGUGGUCAUGUUUACUGCCACUGGCCUAGAGGAAGCACAGACCUGGAGACUUUUCGGCCUCCUAUGGGCGGAGCCAGAGAAAGUGGCUUUUGGUGUGUCACGUGACUGCUGAAGUGCCAAGAUGGGCUCGCCACUGAGCAUGCCUGAGGACUUGUUGCUUAGCCCCAAAGGGAGCUCUCCUUUCCCAUGGGCAUGGCUCUGAUCGCGUGUGCAUCAGCUGAACGCUUCCACUGGUGGGAAGGGUCCCAUCACCCCAGGUGCAGUUCCCCUCCCUAGCUUUGGUGUGGGGGUGCUGCCGGACCUUUCUGGAAAGACUCCGCAGCCGGGGUUGUCCUGGGACCCAGUCAGCCUGAGGCUGCGUCACAACUGCUUGGCCGCCGUGGGAAUCCUGGAUCCUGUGUCUGCAUCUGUAGUGCCUCACAGUUUACAAACAGGUCCUUCAUCUCAAGCGGCCCCUUUGAAAACCCAGCAUGGAAAGCCAGUUUGUGGCUGGUGCUUCCUGCCUGGGGAUGGGGAGAAGAGGGAUCAUCUGGCCAUGCCUGGGCCUGCUGGGUUGUGAGGAAAGAAAGAAGGCCUUGGCCUUCAUGCCAUGCCUUAGGUGACAAAGAGGAGAAAGCACUUCUCCGUAUAGUCCCGACGGGGUGCACCACCGCGGACUGCUGGUUUCUUGGAGGGCAGGGGACAGUUGAGGGUUUGCGGGUGCCCCCGUGGGCUGAGCACUAACGUUUUGGCGGCCAGGCCUGGAUUUAGGACAAGUUGCAUGUCAAGCUCCAGGUUUGUUUAUUAAGCACUUUGAUGUCUUAACUGUUAAGGCCCUGCUCUCUGGGUUCCUGCCCGCGCACCCCACUUGCUCCCGAGGCCUAGGAGCCAGCUGGAGGGGAGGACUGCCUUUAACCCAGCUGUUGCUCCUUCAGGCUGCAGGGAAAUUUGAACGGGAUGGAAGGUGAGUGCCACACCUGCGAAGAUCCCAAGGGAUAGUGGUCUGAGGGUCCUCUGGACUUAUUGCCCUUCCUGUGGUGCCAAAGGUUUGCAUCCUGGGCUCAGCUGUGCUCCAGUCUGUCUCCUCCUCCUCCUCCACGCCAGCCCACUCUCUGGAUCAGCGGCCUGGGGCCCAUCCUGGGGACCAAUGGGACUCUAAGACAGACAAACUCAGUGUUGGAAAUACAUGGUGUUUUAGCCACUCUCGUGCCUCUUGUGUGAGGAGUCGUUCCAAACAGGAUCGACAGACCUGACAGCUGGGGCACAGGACUCCAGAGGAGGAGGGAAAAAGUCAAAUUUCUAGCAGUCUGACACAGGCUCCUGACCUCUGCCCAGCAUCUUUGGCAAACAUUGGUCUUGCCCAAAGCCAAAAAAAAAAAAAAACAAGUCAAAGAUGCCUUUGCUUUGUCCUAAGUCCCUAAGUAAUCCUUGUGACCAUUGCCCAAACAAAGGCUACGAGGCCAGUGUCAUCCAUCAAAGGGUUGUUCAGAGUGUCACAUCCAUGCCUCUGCCCCACAGUGGAUUUCUAGGUGCCUGUACGUGAAAGCAGAAUUUUGAUAAGCAAAAUUUUCCCAAGCAAAACACUCCAGCAAGAUAGAAAAA